CCGCCCUUACACAGCGCUUGCAUUCAAUUUCCCUCUGACAGCCGGCCACGGAGUACUAUUUUUCUACAACUUGUUCUGGAUUUAAUUCACUGGAGUUUUCAUCGUGAAAGUUGAUUCUCACGGUGCCACUCUCCUGAGGUCAGCGGGCUAGGUGAUGUUCCUCGUGACUUCGUCGUGACCUCUGGUGUUGUGGCUUUCCGCAGAGUCAAGUCAGUAUGACAUCUACGUCCCCCACCCACAGUGACAGCAGUGGCGGCUCGUCCAGACAUGAUAGCCAUCAGGACAGCUGGGAGAUUGUCGAGGGUCUGAAGGCUAGCUCAGGCAACAUCCAGGAGCCGGAGAAACAGGAAGGCUUCCUGCUCAAAAGGAGGAAAUGGCCCAUGAAGGGAUGGCACAAGAGAUAUUUCUUGCUGGAGAAAGGCAUUUUGAAGUAUGCAAAACGGGGAGCUGAUCUGAAAAAGGGAAAGCUUCAUGGCUGUAUUGAUGUGGGCCUGUCAGUCAUGUCAAUCAAGACAAAAACCAAGGCCAUUGAUCUGGACACCAACAAUAACAUUUAUCACCUCAAGGUGAAACCUGAGAAGUCCCAGGAAUUGAAAUCACAAGAACUGUUUGAUGAUUGGGUGUCCAAGCUGCGACAUCACCGUGUCUUCCGUCAGAAUGAGAUCGCCAUGGACCCCCAGGAGAGGCAUUUGUUCCACCCCUCCUCACACCUCUCCCCUAGCCUCAACGACUCCAUGAGACAGCGCCGCUCCAGCCUGGCUAAGCAGGCGUCUGUUGUCCAGCAGGCUAAGGUCAGUGCCUGGCUUCACUCCUCUGAAGACAUGGACAGGUGCAGCAGAGAUCUGGAGGAGUGUGAGUCGUACCUGUUGGAGCUUAACCUGCUGCUGAAGAGUAUGGAAGUUCUCCACCGUACUUAUUCUGCACCCACCAUCAGCCUCAUGGCCUCCACUUACGACAUUCCCAAGAAGGAGAAAAAGGGUCCCAGGAAGUGGCGUGCCAAAAGUACCAGCAAAGAUUCAAAAAAAGAGUCACCAACCACACUACAGGUUCCAGGGUGUGUCUCCCCUCCACCCACCCCUCGUCCUUAUGCCUCCCACCCAAACCUCUCUACUACUGAAGCCAAAACCCAGGAGGUCAACUCCUUUCUCGAAACCCCAGACUCGCCUACUGAUGCCAACCGCCUCCAGGAGGACUUCUGCAGACUGGCUAAUAACAUUCACUCUACUCUGCGGUCAGCCUACAGCUCUCUAUCAGCAGAGAGAGACCGACUGAAACACACCAUUGACCUGCAGGCCCCUCCCCCAGCACAGGUCAUGGGCCUGAAGACCGGCUAUGGUUCGGAUCAACCUGAUGGGUCCCGCCUUCUUGUCCACCAAGCAUCCAAUGAUAGCCGAUUGUCCAUCCCCGAGUCAGAGUUUUUUGACGCUCCGGAGUACCAGCUGACCUCCAGCUCCUCUGAGAACGAGGCCUCUGAUGACGACUCGUAUAUCAGCGACGUCAGCGACUGCAUUUCCAUGGACACAGGCUACAGCAACGAAGGAGGAAGUGAAAGACAUGACUCAGCUGGCUCAGCAGGGAGUGGUGGGCUUCAGGUGACCCGCCGGCGAACCACCCUCCCCUCCCCUCAGCCCUCCAGCAGCAGCAUCAGUCUCUGGAACAUCCUGAAGAACAACAUAGGCAAGGACCUGUCCAAGGUAGCCAUGCCUGUUCAGCUCAACGAGCCUCUCAACACUCUGCAGAGGCUGUGUGAGGAAGUAGAAUAUUCUGAGCUGCUGGAUACAGCCAAUAACACACAGGACCCGUACCAGAGAAUGGUGUAUGUGGCAACGUUUGCAAUAUCUGCAUAUGCCUCAAGUUACCAGCGGGCAGGAAGCAAACCCUUUAACCCUCUCUUGGGAGAGACCUACGAGUGUGACAGACCUGAUAAGGGCUUCCGGUUUUUAGCAGAACAGGUGAGCCAUCAUCCACCCGUGUCCGCUUGUCACUGUGACUCGAAGAACUUCACUUUAUGGCAAGAUGUCCGAUGGAAGAACAAGUUCUGGGGGAAAUCCAUGGAGAUUGUUCCUAUGGGCACCACUCAUGUGACCUUGCCAGCGUUUGGGGACCACUAUGAGUGGAACAAGGUAACGUCCUGUAUCCAUAACAUCCUGAGUGGGCAGCGCUGGAUAGAACACUACGGAGAGAUGUUAAUCAAAAACCACAACAGCAGCGAGUGUCAGUGUAAAGUGACCUUCAUCAAGGCAAGAUCGUGGAGCUCAGCUGUGAAUGAGAUAGAGGGAGUGGUAACGGACACACGGGGGCGUGUCAUCCAUACAUUCUUUGGCAAAUGGCACGAGGGCAUCUACCAAGGAGACCCGCCUUCUGCCAUUUGCAUCUGGAGAGCAAACCCGAUGCCUGUGGAUCAGGACCAGUACUAUGGCUUUACUCAGUUUGCUAUGGAGCUGAAUGAGCUGGAUGCUUCCCUGAAAGCCCUCCUACCCCCCACAGACACACGUUUCCGUCUGGACCAGAGGUGUUUGGAAGAAGGGAACAUUGAGGGGGCUGAGGAACAGAAACAGAGGAUUGAGCAACUGCAGAGAGAGAGGAGGAAAGUCCUCGAAGAGAACAACGUGAUUCACACACCACGCUUUUUUAAGAAAUCAAAAGAUGAGACAUGGGUAAGCACUAAUACUUAUUGGGAGCAGCGUAAGGACCCCGGGUUCCGCAAUGAGGACUUCCCUGUGUUGUGGUGACCUCUGACCUUCCUAUAACCCUGUGACCCCAACAGGAGCACAGAUCUAGGGUCAGAUUAUCGUUUCCCACUACAACUCUUAAUACAGAAAAAAAACAUUUGACAUUGACCCAGUGAAUGUGGACUCCUGAAUGUCAGGGUGACCCAGGCCAAAUAUGGGCUUCCUCUGUCUUUAGGCGGGGCCAAACGGAGCAACAGAACUUUCACUUGACUCUAUUUUUAAAAGAAAAUGAAGAACCAGUUUUUGUUUUGUCAUUGUUACUUUGGUUUAUCAGGAACAGGGUUCUCUCAUUUCAAUAAUCAAUUAUAAUUUUCUCUAUGUAUAUUUCUCAAAUGUAUAUUUUAUUUUGUCAUUGUUAUUCUGAUGCAGUCCAGUCACCAAAAUGCCUUAAUAUGGAAUGCUGUAAAACUGCUACUCUGAAUAAUCUGCUUUUGAUGAUUAUGCAAAUCCUCUCACAUUUUGUGAGUAAGCAGUGCCUCUGUCAUGGUUGUGAUGCCACUUCAUCUAGGGAAUACCACACUGAUGGGGUCUUCAAACGGUUGCAACAAUAACUAUGGCUGAUGGAACUUCUAGAGAUCAAAUGCUCUGCUGUACGAUUAUUUACGAUCACAGUCCAGACUCCUUAAUACGUCUUAACCAGUCCAUACAGAAUCUACUGAAUGGAACAAGACCUAAUGGAACUUCUUAAUAGUCUGAGUGUUGAAGCAUGUAUGCUGCCUUGUUAUCAUCAGUACUGUAAACAUAUACUGUAUAUCAGUGUAGAAGAGAGCAAUACAGUCACAAGAUGAACAAUAAACAGUGGAAUGAUUGGUCA